GGAGUCCGUCUUGGCUGGCAGGCUGCCCAGAUACUUCUGAGCAAUAAAACUGCCUGGGAUUCCUGACGACAAUACAUCUUGGCUCAAUCGCAUACUCCAGCAUGUGCAUCCACAGUGCUGUUUAAUACGUCUCCUGCUCCUGCCUUGCCAGCAGCACAUCUCGCUGCCUGGAGCUCUGCUGGGCAGGUUCUGCUGAGUGCGCUCUGCUUGCCAACAGCCCAGGGUAGCUCCCCCAAGUUUUCUUUCACUCACGUGUGCUCUGACGUGGACGGAAUGGGGAACAGCUUCAAGAGGCCCAGGCACAAUGAAAAGCAGGCGGGAGACAUGCUACACAGCCGUUCCAACCAGGUGCUGACAGAGCAGCCUCAAGCUCAGCCUCCGGCCAGGGCCAGGAACCGGUCUCGAUACGCCAUCGGAUUCAUGGCAGUUGUGAGCAUCAUUAUUGCCCUAGUUGUAGCUUUGGCAG